UUAAGAAAAAUCUCAAAGUGCUACAGAGUGUCGUAAGAAAAUAAAACAAAACACAGUUAAAAACAACUACCAACUAAGAUUAACACAAAGCUAAACACUAAAGGAAACCUAUUUUAACCUUUUAGCCUUAUUUAAAACCAUCAGUCAUUUGUGAAGCCCUCCAAUGUUCAGAACGGGACAUUGAAGGACUUUUUAAAAAGGUACGUUUUUAGACCCUUUUUAAAACCAUCAGUCGUUUGUGGAGCCCUCAGAUGUUCAGGGAGGGCAUUCCACAGGCGAGGGGCGGCGGCACAAAAGGCUCUGUCCCCAAUGGUGCGGGUCUUAGUUCUUGGGGGAAGGAGCCGAUGAGUGUUUGUGGAGCGGAGAGAACGUGCAGCAAUCUGUGGAGUAAGGAGUUCUUUAAGGUAGGAGGGAGCAUUUCCAUGGAUACACUGAUGUGAUCCUGGCGGCACUGUUCUGUAUGUGCUGGAGCUUCUGGAUGCUCUUAUUAGGAAUCCCAAUGAGAAGAGCAUUGCAGUAGUCCAGUCUGGAGGAGACAAAGGCGUGGACGAGUUUUUCAGCAUCAUGUAUGACAUUUGUGUGCAUUCCUGCCCACAUACGCCUAACAGGAUGUUCCUGAAUGCUGUUCAGUGAUUGGACAUUGUGUGUCAACAGGCGUUCUUUGAAACUAGAAGGCAUUUAUGAGGUAUCACUUGACAGUAAUGAAACGCUUAUACAUAACAUAAUCUCCAAAACAGGGUGUUUAUUGGGCCACGAUUCUUGUAAAAAUGGACUCCCAUUGUGUGGCAGAGGGCAGGCCUGUCGAGGUGGACGGCGCCGGCUUGAACGGUGAGCUCAUGGUCGCGUGUUUGUGUGCGAUCCAGCUCCUGUCCACAGCUGUCACACAGGGCCUGACGUGGCUUUACAUUCCUGCUGUGAGCUAUAAGACCGGGUCAGAUCUCAGUCUGGCAGGUCUGCUGUUAUUUGUGAAAGUUUGCGACUUGCAAAUACUCUGGGUUAACUUCUUUAUAUAUUUUGUCAUAAUGGACGAGAACAUCCUGUGGGAGACAGCUGUGGUUGAUAGAAGAGCGGCCUUUGAUAAACGGGAGGAGAAGCGUCGAGCUCGGGCACGAAAGUUGGGAAUUUUGGUUGUGGAUGCAUCUUCUGUGGUGGUAGAAGGAGGGAAUGAAUCUGUCCAUCAAAGUGUUGCAAACAUUCAGGCAGAGGAACGAGUGAGAAAGAUCUCCUCUGAUCUGAGGCGUGAGAUGGUUGAUCUGGGUGGUGCAGAGAACAUUAUUGAGCUGCGUUGGAAGAAGAAGAUCAGGAACAAGACCACAGCUCCCAAAGAUUUAAUGGAUGUUCUAGUGGGACCUGUGGAACCGGAGGAGUUUUUAAAAGCAGCGGCUCAGGGAAAGACAGAAGUAGUUGAGAAAUUUCUGGAAGAUGGAGGAGAUCCAAACAUCUGUGAUGAGUUCAGGAAAACAGCGCUGCAUCGGGCUGCUUUGGAAAAUCAUACUAAAAUAGUGGAAAAAUUACUAGACAAAGGUGCUGAUAUCAACUUUAAAGACAGGCUGGACUGCAGGGCUGUACAUUGGGCUUCCAGAGGUGGAAGUCUCUCAGCACUGAAAGUUCUCCAGGACAGGGGAGCUGACAUCAAUGUCAGAGACAAACUGCUUAGCUCACCUUUGCAUGUGGCCACACGGACAGGUCACAGCGAUGUGGUCCAACAUCUUCUAACCAGUGGAAUCAAUAUUAAUACCAAAGAUUGGGAAGGAGACACAGCACUGCAUGAUGCUGUCAGAUUAAAUCGAUAUAAAAUUGUCAAACUCCUUAUAGUGGCAGGAGCCGAUAUGCAGAUCAAGAAUGAUGAGGGCAUCACAGCCACAGAACAGGUGAAGCAAUGGCAGUUUGACACAAAGGAGACACUGGAGAAACUGGAACAGAUGAGAGAGGUUGGUCUGGCCUGACAGACACAUGGAGAUGCAUUGGAUUCAUUAGAGCGUCUGUGAACAGGUGCACGGCUGGAGAACAACCCCACCUCUGUCUGAGUAACUGUUUACUUUCUGUGUUAAUUAGUGCUGAAAGGUGCCUGUCCUCACCAAUUCAUUAGUAUACUGGAUGAAUGAGCUUUUAUUAAUCUAUAUAAAAAUGAAGGCUUAUAAUUUGUAUUUGUUUUUUCUAUUUAAAUAGCGGCAUAGUAUAACUUGAUCAGAUCAGUAUAUACUGGUGAAAAUUUUGGAAUACAUAAGAUUUUUGUAUAUUUUUGACAGUCACUUUUGAUUAAUUAAAUUUAAUCCUUACUGUAUGACAGUAUUACUGUCUUACUUUUGAUGGUGGUGUAUAUAGUGGUUCCACAAAAAAUAUUAGGCAGCAACAUUUUGUCAAUAUUGAUAAUUAAUAAUAAUAAUAAUGUUUGUUGAGCAGCAAAUCAGCAUAUUAGAAUGAUUUCUGAAUGAUCAUGUGACACUGAAGCCUGAAGUAAUGAUGCUGAAAAUUCAGCUUUGCAUCACAGAAAUUAAUUACAUAUUUAAAUAUAUUAAAAUAGAAAACAAUUAUUCUUAAUUGUAAUAAUAUUUCAUAUUAUUACAGUUUUUGCUGUAUUUUGAUAAAAAAAAUAAA